AACAAUAGUGGAGUAAAUUAGAUUCUCUCACUGCUGGUAGAGGGCGAUCUUGUCGUGUGGCAGUUAGGACGAAGGAACACACGAGAACACACGGAUUAGAGCUGUGGCGAGCGACUUCAGCAUGUUGACUAUAGCAUUGGUGCUCCUACUUUUAAGUAAAGAAUCCUUAAGUCUGAAGUUCUUAAAGUUAGGAGUUCCGGGAGCCGUACAGAACGGCGAUCCUAUAUGGUUACAUUGUGAUUUUGAUUUAGAAGGCGAUCCACUAUAUUCUGUUAAAUGGUAUAAGAAUAACGUCGAAUUCUACAGAUAUCUACCAAGUAAGAAACCGCCGGGUCGUAAAUAUAACUUGCUAGGAGUCUACAUGGACCUAUCGCAGUCCAACGAGAGUUACGUGUACUUGUACAGAACAGAUUUAAAUACGGAAGGAACAUACGCAUGCGAGGUAUCUACAGAAGCACCUUUAUUCAAGACUGUCAAAGCCGAGGAGGAUUUGCGUGUGUACGUAAUGCCCAAAGAACUUCCUACAAUUGACGGAAUCGUUUCUCGUUACCAAGUAGGUGACGUACUCAACGUAACAUGUACUUCAAUUCCGUCCAAACCUGUAUCCACCCUGAAAUGGUUAGUUGAUGACCAAGAGGUAAAUCCCAAUUUCGAAACCCGCUAUCCAAUCCUACGUCAUCCGGAUGGUUUACAGAGUUCUAGAAUUCGUCUGACUUUAGUCUUAGAUCAUCGCCAUUUUCGUCGAGGAGUGAUGAAGCUGCACUGCAAAGCAUCUUUAGCGUUAAUAUAUUCUAGUAGCAGCGAAGAGCUCGUUAUAAGAGAAAGAGGAUCUAGAAAGCCUGUCCAGAAUGGUAACUAUAAAUGCUCAUCUGCCUUGAAUCUAUCGCAGUCCAACGAGAGUUACGUGUACUUGUACAGAACAGAUUUAAAUACGGAAGGAACAUACGCAUGCGAGGUAUCUACAGAAGCACCUUUAUUCAAGACUGUCAAAGCCGAGGAGGAUUUGCGUGUGUACGUAAUGCCCAAAGAACUUCCUACAAUUGACGGAAUCGUUUCUCGUUACCAAGUAGGUGACGUACUCAACGUAACAUGUACUUCAAUUCCGUCCAAACCUGUAUCCACCCUGAAAUGGUUAGUUGAUGACCAAGAGGUAAAUCCCAAUUUCGAAACCCGCUAUCCAAUCCUACGUCAUCCGGAUGGUUUACAGAGUUCUAGAAUUCGUCUGACUUUAGUCUUAGAUCAUCGCCAUUUUCGUCGAGGAGUGAUGAAGCUGCACUGCAAAGCAUCUUUAGCGUUAAUAUAUUCUAGUAGCAGCGAAGAGCUCGUUAUAAGAGAAAGAGGAUCUAGAAAGCCUGUCCAGAAUGUUAUUCCAGUCUUUGCAAGUCAAAAGAAACCGACUAUCAAAGGAGGUUUGCCGAAAUAUGAAGUUGGCGAUAGCGUCGAUAUUAACUGUACAACCAAUUACAGUAAUUUAGCCGUACUUAACUGGUACAUUAAUGAUAAUCAGGUAAAGCCAGAAUAUAUAAUGGAAUAUUCGCUUCCAGACGGUUCACCUUACGCUGUUCUAGGUUUAAGGUUUCGUGUUCAACAACUUCAUUUUCGCACAGACGAAUUACGUCUAAAAUGUACAGCUACAUUACUAAAAGUGAUUAACAUGAUCACAGAAAAGAAAAUUCUGCUCGGUUACCAACAAAUAUCGGGUCUACACGCAGACGAUACAGAAUCUGUACAAAACGGUGGAAUAUCCAGGUUAUUACAUUGCUGGACUAUGUUACUGGUUAUAAUAAAUUUUCGGUAACAUCGCUGGAGAAUUGACGACACAGUGACAAUCACCUUUAUAAUAACAUCUCCGGACAGGAGUUACCACCAACUGGGGAGUUAUUCUAGCACUGUUUAUUUCUUUGCCUCGUUAUUUUGUAAUGUAGGCAGUCUGAUAUGUAAAUAACCCAUACGAUAAAUGCAGUAAUUGUGUUUUGGAUGCCGACUUAAAACUCGACUGCGGUCAUUCUCUAUAAGAGUUCACACUGUACAGAAUCAAGCUGAGUGAACAAAAGUCGAACUGUGCCCGCAUAUGGAUACUAUAAACGAGUUUUUU